GGAGAACCUGCGAACCCCCCUAAGGAGGACAUGGGGUCCCCACAUCGCCCCUGAAGCCCAGACUUGGGGUUCCAUGCUGCAGAACAUCCAGAUCCGGACAGCGGAGAUCCAGUCACCCCAAAAUUUCAUGAUUAACUUUGAGAACCCCACGGAGGUGAGGGGGGGACUGUCCCCCAUGGAGUGCCUAGAGGACUGCAGCAACACCACCCUCAAUAAUGGCAAUGGCACCUGGGAAGGGGGACCCCCUUAUUCCUUGGAGGUGACCCUCGCCCUCAUCACCCUGGUGGGAAUGCUUAUGCUCUUCACUGUGUUUGGGAACGUCCUGGUUAUCAUCGCCGUGUUCACUAGCCGAGCCCUGAAAGCCCCCCAGAACCUGUUCCUGGUCUCCUUGGCUUCCGCAGACAUCCUGGUGGCAACUCUGGUCAUUCCCUUCUCUUUGUCCAAUGAGGUGAUGGGCUACUGGUACUUUGGGAAGGUUUGGUGUGAGAUCUACCUGGCGCUGGACGUACUUUUCUGCACCUCCUCCAUAGUCCACCUGUGUGCCAUCAGCCUGGACCGGUACUGGUCCAUCACCCAAGCCAUCGAGUACAACCUCAAGCGCACCCCUCGUAGGAUCAAGUGCAUCAUCUUCAUCGUCUGGGUCAUCUCCGCCGUCAUCUCCUUCCCGCCGCUCAUAACCAUCGAGAAGGAAAGUGGCAAAGUGGAGAUGCCCAUCUGCAAGAUCAACGACGAGAAGUGGUACAUCAUCUACUCCAGCAUUGGCUCCUUCUUUGCCCCCUGCGUCAUCAUGGUCCUGGUCUACAUCCGCAUCUACCAGAUUGCCAAGAAAAGGACCAGGGUGCCCCCCGGCAAGAGGAGCAACGCGGCCGAGGUCGGGGCCAAACAGCACAACGGCUUAGCCGAGAAAGACUUGCCCGUCAAGUUGAACGGUGACAAAGCCGGGGGGUCUGGGGGAGACCAUGGCAAAGAGGUGGAAGCCAAUGGGGUUGACAUGGAUGAUUCCUCUUCUUCUGAGCACCAAGAGGACAACCAGUAUCAGGCCAGGAAGAAACAAGACAAGUUGCCAAGAGGGAAGGGCAAAACCAAGCUGAGCCAGAUCAAACCAGGGGACAGUCUCCCCCGGAGGGAAGAGGAGCGGAACCCCAAAGUUUCCCGGUGGAAAGGGAGGCAGAACAGAGAGAAGAGGUUCACCUUUGUCCUGGCCGUGGUCAUUGGGGUCUUCGUCAUCUGCUGGUUCCCCUUCUUCUUCACCUACACCCUGAUGGCCGUGUGUGUGCGCUGCUACGUCCCCGCCCCCCUCUUCAAGUUCUUCUUCUGGUUCGGUUACUGCAACAGCUCCCUGAACCCCGUCAUUUACACCAUCUUCAACCACGACUUCCGCAGAGCCUUCAAAAAGAUCCUGUGCAAGGGGGACCGCAAGCGGAUUGUGUGACCCCCCCGUGUGACUCGGGGUCCCCCCUCUCCCAAUGGAACUUAGAGACUUCAAAUGGACCCCCCCAGUCAUGGAACAGACCCGGUAACCAGGGACAGAAUCUGGGGGGGCUUGUAACAUAGACGACUAACAGAGCGCCCCAUCUUUGCAUUGACCCCUCCCUCUUCAUUUUGUAAGGCGUCACCUUUACCAAACAAUAUGAAUGCUGAAAUAUAUUUUAAUACAAAAGUCUAA